GUUUCUCUUCAAGGUCUCAAGACACAGCAGUGGAGCCACAACACAGACAGAGACUGUCCAAUCAUUAGUCAGGGAGGAGACAGAGAAGAAAGUGGGGACAACAUACGACGCAGGGUGCUUGUUCUUGCCUUUUUGAUCUGUUGUGGAUUUUACUUUUGAUACUUGGAUCUGCUGGAAAACAGAGAGUGCACAGCUGAUUAAAUCUGAAGCCUGCAAACAUGGAGGAUUUUCGUUUCAACGUGGAUGUGCCAUUUUAUGACUGAAGGACCUUUUAAUAAUAUUACGCAGAAUAUUUUCUUUUACAAGCUGGAUCAUUCCUCUGAACUGGAAAAUUGGUAAAAGACAUCAGCAUUGAAGGCAGAAGAUUAUAUAACUCCUCUGGAAACCUACACUUGACCUUUAUGGUUCAUCUCAGGGCUUCAGAGCAUUCUGGGCUUCUUGUGAAAAGCCACAAACAGAAUAGACAAUAUUAGAACAGACAAGAAGUUUGACAUCUCUUCAACAUAAUAAAACAUUUACUUGAUACUACUGGAACACACAAGCUAGUUUCAGGCAUGGCAGAGAGGAAAAUAAUGGGCUACAGUGUGCACAGAGAGAUCCUGGAUGAAGGAGCAGUGGAUGAGAUGGCUGAAAAGUCUGACUCAAAAACUUCUUUGUGUGAGAAGGUCAAGAAGUCAAUGAGGUGUUCUGGUCCCAGAGCGAAGGAGUGCCUGCUGACAAGUGUUCCUGUAGUGUCAUGGCUGCCUCGAUACUCCCUCAAAGAAAACGCUCUGGGUGACCUGAUCUCUGGCCUCAGUGUGGGGAUCAUGCAGUUGCCACAGGGUAUGGCAUAUGCCUUGCUAGCAGCUGUUCCUCCAGUAUUUGGCCUUUACUCAUCUUUCUACCCUGUCCUCAUCUACUUCAUCUUUGGCACAUCCAAACACAUCUCAAUCGGAACAUAUGCAGUGAUGAGUGUGAUGAUAGGAGGAGUGAUAGAGCGCUUGGCCCCAGACUCAGACUUCAUGGAAUGGGACAAUCUGACCAAUGAAACUAUAAUUAAUAUCACCAACCGAGAUGCAGAGAGGGUCAAAGUGGCUGCAGCUGUCACCUUGUUAUCUGGAAUAUUUCAGAUUUUACUUGGCCUCGUCCAGUUUGGUUUUGUUGUGACCUACCUGUCUGAGCCGCUGGUCCGAGGAUACACCACAGGAGCUGCCAUCCACGUCAUUGUGUCCCAGCUCAAAUACACCUUUGGCAUCAACCCUAAGAGAUACAGUGGACCCUGCGCAUUGAUAUAUACUGUGCUGGAGGUGUGUUUUCUCCUUCCAAAGACAAACAUCGGUACUCUUGUGGUGAGCAUUGUCGCAAUAGUCGGUCUCAUCCUCGCUAAGGAGCUCAAUUCAUACUUGAGUAAAAAGCUACCUAUUCCUAUACCUGUGGAGCUGCUGGGUGUUGUUAUUGCGACAGUUGUCUCCUGGCAAGUUGACUUGGAAAAUAAAUAUAAAGUGGACGUGGUGGGACUGAUUCCCUCGGGUCUCCAGCCUCCUGCUCUCCCAGAUGUCUCUCUGUUUGGUAAAGUGAUCGGGGACGCCUUUGCGCUGGCUGUGGUUGGCUACGGCAUCGCCAUCUCACUGGGACGAAUCUUUGCCCUGAAAUAUGGAUACAGUGUGGACAGCAACCAGGAACUAAUCGCCCUGGGUCUGAGCAACUCCGUUGGAGGAAUUUUCCAGUGUUUUGCCGUCAGCUGCUCCAUGUCUCGCUCCAUGGUUCAGGAGAGCACAGGAGGGAAGACUCAGGUUGCUGGGGCUCUAUCAGCGGUAGUGAUCCUUUUCAUCACUCUUUGGAUUGGAUAUCUCUUUGAAGAUUUGCCGAAGGCAGUGCUGGCCGCCAUCAUCUUUGUCAACCUCCAUGGCAUGAUGAAGCAAUUCAUGGACAUCCCUGCACUGUGGAAGAGCAACAAAGUAGACAUGCUGGUCUGGCUGGUCACCUUCAUCCUCACUGUGCUGUUGAACCCUGACCUGGGACUGGCUGCUUCCAUCGGUUUCUCACUCCUCACUGUCAUCUUCAGGACACAGCUACCGAAGUACUCUCUGCUGGGGCAGAUCCCAGGCACUGACAUCUACAGGCCACUGGAGGACUACAGUCAAGUGAGGCCGGUGCCAGGGAUUUUGAUCUUCCGUUCCUCUGCCACUCUCUACUUUGCCAAUGCUGAGAUGUACCAAGAGUCCCUUGGAAAGAAGUCUGACAUUGACAUUACCAAGAUCCUGUCAGCGAAGAAGAAGCUGGAGGCCAAAAGGAAGAGGCAUGAGAUGAAAAUUGCAAAGAAAGCUGCCAAGAAGAAUGCGGUGCACACGGAGGGGGAGCCAGAGAUGGAGGUGCAGAAGGACAUCGCCAUCAUCGAGGUGGAUGCUGAGCCCAGCCCCUCUCUCCCCGGAGCCAUCGUCCUCGACCUCAGCCCUGUCAACUUUCUGGAUACUGUGGGAGUCAAGACACUACGCAGAAUCCGGGGAGACUACGGAGAAAUCGGUGUGGAGGUGGUUCUCGCUGGCUGCCAAACUGGUGUGGUGGACAACCUGCAGUCUGGAGGUUUCUUUAAUGACAAAGUGACAAAGUCCUGUCUCUUCUCCACCGUCCAUGACGCCGUCUUGUACUGUCAGUCCUCCAGAACAGGGAUCGUAGAUAAGGAGACAUAUUUCUGAGUCCUGGGAGGAACGAUGGAGGAGAUUGUGAAGAAAUGCUGCACGCUGUACGAGGGGUUUAUCCUGGGGUUUUUUCCAUCUGUCACAAAUACAGACACACAAACCUGCACAUGAUGACACAUUGUAACAAACAUAUGAAGAAGAAAAAAUAGACUGUAAAUAAAUGACAACAGACUGCACACAUGGAGUCACACAGUGAUAUGCCAUGGUGGACUACACAAAACAAAGCAAAAACACACUCACUGUUAGACGAAAACAUACACACUUCUAGGAGAAAGCUUAUGAAUAGACUGAAUCACUGUGACGUUGCGCUAACAACAGUCACCCUCGGAUGGAUUGUUUAGAUGUGUGAAAUGGGCAAACUUGAAAUUUUUAGCCAUAACUGUAAGGUUUAAAGAUAUACAGUAUAUUAAAGCACAGUGGUCCGACCGAUCUGACAUUCCUGCUGUGCUUAUUUAAUGUGCUGCGUUGCAUUGUUAGCAUCUUUGAAACUGCUAGCUGCGUAUGAACUGAAGCUAUGAUUAUAUAUUUUAUUGUGAAAUUAUUUCUCCGACCUAAUGUCAGUGAGAUUGUUGGACAUGCAUUUUAGAUGAAUGAGGUUGCGCAACUUGGGUUUCUACCCAGAAGUUAUUGUGAGCAGACACUGUGGUUAAUUACAGAUUCAUAUUCUUCUGUAAUGACUUUGACCGUCUCUGCAUCCUGUGUUUUAAAAUGAAGUUAUAGACUUUUAAUUACAAACAAACAAAAUCAAUACUUGUAUAAAGGCGCAAUAUGUAAGACCUCCAGCAGAAAGCUUUCAAAAAUUAACUAAAGUUAUCGACAGAAUGAAAAAAAUGACGUCUAUAUUUUGCAUAGCAGAGAUAAAUUCUGAGGUUAGCAUGCUAACCAGCUAGCCCCACCCCUGUCCAGAGCUCAUGUGCUAGUGUUAUGAACACCCCUGAUCAGAGCUCCCAGUCGAGACCGGCAGCUGCACGGCUAACUGAGCUAACUAGCUAUCGGCAGCUACAGUUAGCAGCAGCUAGCGGCUACUUGGACAAUAUGCUACUCUCUCUCUUUUUUUCAGUAUGAAUUCAGAAAGGGUCCAUUUCCUACAUAUUGCACAUAAUGGAUUAUUUAUUAAAUUCUAAAAACAAUCUGCCAAUGUCCAUUCAUUUACAUUCAAAAUAAACAUUAUUUUAUUAAGUAAAA